CGGCAGUCAAAAAACUCCACCGAUUCCGACUUUCGGAACCACUUAGACUUGAAGUUGCCGGUGGAGGCUUUAUUAUGCAUUUUCUAUGUUAUGACCCAACCUCAUGACUUUGUGACGACAACUCUUCGUUUCUCGGUCUAUUCAACUUUGACACAAUUGGUUUCUUCACAACUACCAAUCGAGAGCACGCAAAAUGCCAUUUCUAAACCCUCAGCCCAAGAUCAUCAUCGCCGGUGCAGGGAUUGGUGGCCUCACAACGGCACUGUCCCUCCAUGCAGCUGGUUACACCGACAUCCACAUCUUCGAGGCAGCGUCACAACUCACAACUCUUGGCGUCGGUAUCAACGUGCAACCCUCCGCCAUUCUUAUUCUUCGCAAUCUCGGACUCCUGGAAGCUUUCGAGAAGACCGGCGUCAAGACGCAAGAGCUCAACUUUUACAACCGCCACGGCCACCCCAUUCUUAGCGAGCCGCGAGGUCUCAAGGCAGGCUAUGCGGUGCCUCAAUUUAGCGUUCAUCGCGGCGAAUGUCAGAUGCUGCUUCUGAGUGCCGUCAAAGAGCGAUUAGGCGAAGGGGCGGUCAACCUCAACCACGCUCUGACAGGGUUCUCACAGGACGAGAAGACCAUCACAGCGGAAUUUUCGCAGCGCCGAGAUGGUGCGCCAGCAGGACAGUCAAACGUCACAGGUCAUGUCCUCAUAGCCGCCGACGGGAUCAACUCGACCGCGAGAAAGGUUCUCUAUCCUAACGAAGGCCCGCCGCGAUUCUCGGGCCGCAUGCUCUGGCGCGGCUGUAUUGAGCGUGAGCCGUACCUCACCGGAGCUUCAAUGGUAUGGGCCGGUCACGCCGAUCAAAAGUUCAUUGCCUACCCCAUCAGCCAACGUUCAGCAGACAAAGGCAAGAGUCUCGUGAACUGGAUCGCCGAGCUUAGGAUACGAGACAAGGACGACGAGGAUCUCACUCCGCCAAAGACGGACUGGACCAAAGCGGUCGACAAGUCUGUGUUUGAGGGUCCGUUCCAAGGAUGGCGGUGUGGUGGGCUUGAGAUGAAGGAUCUCAUCGACGCUACCGAGAAGGUCUUCGAGUUUCCCAUGAGCGAUCGGGACCCUGUUGAGCGUUGGAGUUUCGGCCGUCUCACUUUGCUUGGCGAUGCUGCACAUGCCAUGUACCCGAUUGGCUCCAACGGCGCUUCGCAAGCCAUUAUUGACGCGGAGACUCUUGCGAAGCAACUUGUCGAGAACCCAGAUGAUGUGGUGGCGGCGCUGAAGGCGUAUGAGUCGGAGCGGUUGCCAGCCACGUCCAAGAUUAUAAUGGCAAAUCGAGGAAAUGGACCAGAUCACGUCUUGCAAGUUUGCGAGGAAAGAGCGCCUGAUGGGUUUGACAACGUUUAUGAUGUCGUCCCGAAGGACGAAUUAGAAGACAUUGGUCGAGUUUACAAGAAGGUGGCUGGCUUUGAGAUGGAGAGCGUGAACAAGAAAGCACAAGAAACAGAGGGUGUUAGCGAGAAGUUAGGAUUGAAGAGUCCGGCUGAGUGGAUUUAGGUCUUAACUAUGUACCAGAAGAUUGACACUUGGUACCCGGCUUUCUGAGUAAUCCUAGUUGACUGUAGCAGGGAUAUCAGAGCAUCAAUAUGUCACUGGGUACUCUAGUACCUAGGUAUUCCAGCCUAGAGCUUCGUAAAGCGAAUUGCGUUUCACAAGCAGCUUGGGCUCGAAACAUGAAGUCAUGUGGGUUUUGUUUUGGCG